CCCAGAAAGUAAACUGAGAAGAACCACAGCCAGAGAGAGAGAGAGAGAAGUUGCAGAGAUGGGUAGAAGCCCUUGCUGCUCCAAGGAGGGCUUGAACAGAGGUGCGUGGACGGCUCAAGAAGACAAGAUCCUCACUGACUACAUCACAGCUCACGGUGAGGGCAGAUGGAGGAACCUCCCCAAGAAAGCAGGGUUGAAGAGAUGCGGCAAGAGUUGCAGGCUGAGAUGGUUGAAUUACCUGAGGCCUGACAUCAAAAGAGGCAACAUAUCACCUGACGAGGAAGAGCUCAUCGUCAGGCUUCACAAGCUUUUGGGGAACAGAUGGUCUCUCAUAGCCGGGAGAAUUCCAGGGCGAACAGACAAUGAAAUAAAGAACUACUGGAACACCAACUUAGGCAGGAAGGUCCAGAGCAAUAAUCAAACCAACUCCCAAUCUCGUGAUGGUCAUGUCGAUCAAUUAUCCCCAAAUCAUCAUGACGAUGACGAUCCACCCAAUAAAAUAAAGACCCUGAAAUAUUCCGAGACAUCGAAAAUGUCUACUGAUGAUAAUAGCGCAUCCAAGUCACCAUCAAGUAAGCCCAAUCCUCGUUUGGUCAAGACCAAGGCAUUCAAGUGCUCCAAGAUCCUCAUCAACCCACCACCAGAACAAGAACUUCACCAAAAUGAAGAUCCUAUCAACACAGACUUGGCGGCGGUGGCGGUGGACCUGGCUCCCACUGGGGUCUUGCCGCCAUUCACAGGGGAUAUUCCGGCGGAUCUUUUGAUGGAUGACUUUGAGAUUGGGGAGAUCUGCUUGUCAGAGCUCCUGAAUUUCGACUUAUCAGGCAUCAAUAAUCAAGAUCAAUUCAACAACAACAAUAGCAACACGAGCAGUGACGAUCUGUUCGCUGAUCAGAGCCAAGUGCAAGGUCUGGGUUGGGCAGCGAUGAGUAGUGACUGUGUUCAUAAUAAUCAUCAAGCAAAUGCUGGCUCCAACUUCCAUCAGGCUUUUGCUUCCCUUCUUGACUAUAAUGGUGGAGAUCAGUGGCUAUGACUAUGACAUGAGCAUUAUAUGUCACCGUCGCCGAGCCAUUGUUCAUAGAAGAAGUUGCAUAUAGUGACACACUAGGCUGCUCUGCUGUUCAUGAUUCCUUUUUUUCUUUUUGGGUUUUUGCCAAUCACUCUGUUUAUUCACUCGUGGAUUAAUUGUACGGGUCUCUAACUAAAAAUCAUUGCAUAA